AGCCGUGUCACAGGGCCAUCAGGAUCUAGCCGUGUCACAGGGCCAUCAGAACCGAGCCGUGUCACAGGGCUGAUGAACAGUUUAGUGCUGGGUCAUGAUCCACUGAUCAGACGUGUGGUACCUUACUAAGGUGACCAGGAGCAGCAUGGGCCCACUGUCCCUUGCAGCAAGUGCAUCUCUGUGUUGCCUACUGGGGGCAUUAGCACUCGCUAGGGGCUGCCCCGCUGCAUGUGUCUGUGCGGGCACGGAUGCCGUGUGCAAUGACCAGGGUAUAGCCUCCUUACGCUACAUGAUGGACCAGCUACCCAAAGACAUCUCCGUCCUCCAGCUUUCAAGAAACAACCUCAGCGCUCUGGAGCCUGGGGCCUUCUCCAGUGUGGCCAGCCUACAGAGCCUUGACCUGUCCAGCAACAACAUCUCUGUGCUGCACGUGAGAGCAUUUGCCAAUCUGAGCCGGCUCGAGCGGCUGGACCUCUCCGGCAACCCCUUACUCGGCAUGCCAGUGGGCCUCUUCAGUGAGCUGGGGAAACUGACCGAUCUGGUCCUGAGCGACGUAGGCCUGUACGCUCUCAGCACCGACCUCCUCCAGGGCCUGACGCAGCUGCGGCGCCUGGAUCUGUCUCUCAACAGACUGACCUCGCUGCCCCGGGGGCUGCUGGGAGGGCUCCAGGAGCUGACCUGGCUCUCGCUGGCCGCCAACAGUCUGCGCAGUGUGCAGCGGGCCCAGUUUGAGCACCUGUCAGAGCUGCAGAGCCUCCUCCUGGUGGGCAACCCCUGGGAGUGCGACUGCACUCUGGUGGAGUUCAAGCACUGGCUGGAGUGGAUGCUCUACAGGGGGGGACAGGUGGACGCUUUGGAGUGCAGUCUGCCCAGAGAGCUCUGGGGCCGAGACAUACGGGCAGUCCCGGCCGAGAUGUUCAGCCACUGCACCCGCGACAGCUCACUGCCCUGCUUCAGGGCCCCAGAUGGUCAGGAGCUGGGGGGCGACGACGGGACCGCCGACUGUGUGCGCCAGCGCUACCGGGCCGUGAGCGUGCGGCGGGCAGCAGCCACAGUGGUGGUGGCCGGCGUGGUGUGCAGCGUGGUGUGCGUCAUGAUGGUGGUGGCGGCCACCUACGGCUGCGUCUACGCUUCGCUGGCCGCCAAGUACCAGAGGGAGAAGAAGGGCAAGGCGCACAAGCCGCCGUCAGAUGGCGGCGAAGAGAAGGACCCAGAGCAGGAGGAGAAGAGCGAGCUCCUGCCCGACGUGGCGCGAGAGACAGAGGUGACCGCGCCUGCUGUUGAGGUAGUGUUGUCACGAGAGGUGUGUGUCUGACUGGUGGGACAUCAUCAUUGUCACUGUUUUUUGCCAACCCUCUGAAAAAGAAGGAGCUGCACCCACCAUUCCUUCCUCUCUAACAGAAAUAGACAGUCUGGUUUUUACACCUGAUGUCCUCUUGUAUCUUGUGCUAUUGUCGUCCAUCUUAUUGUCCUGAAGUUGGCUUAAUAAAUACUCAUAUCAAAUACUCA